UAAACAUUAUUACAACUAGAUUCUAGGUUACUUUUCCGGUUAUGAGAAGGACGUAUUAGUGUUUAGUCUUCACAUGUAAAUAACACUGAUUUUGAUAUUUUGAAGGUGCAGGAAUGGAUUUGCAAAAAAAGAGAGAAGGGAAGCGACAGUUGAAGGCUGAGCAGUACAAAAAAUUUAAAGGAAAUAAAAAAGAAGGACAGGGUUUUGCAGAUAAAAGAAAAAAGAAAGUACAAUAUGAAUAUCUUAAGAUGCUGAGAAAAGAAAAAAAGAAAAGAGAAAGGACAGCCUUGCCACACACAAGUUUUGAAGACACAGACAUGACAGAGGAAAAGAUCGGAAAAGAAAAGAAAAUUGAGGAUAGCAACUCAAACACUUACAGCAAGUCACAGAAACAGUUUAGUAAGAAAAAAAUGGACAAAGAAAAGAAGAAAAAAGAAGUUUUAAAGCAGAAAAGAGAAAUUGAGUCUGCAUUAACCAAAUAUAAAGACAAGAAAUCUAAACAGUAUAAAAAGUUGUGUAAAAAGACAUACAAAGGACAGCCUGUGAUGAAGAAUCAGAUAGAAAUACUUCUACAUAAAAUUCAGUCUGGAAUUGAUCAAACGUAAUAAAAAUGUAAA